UUUUAUACAACUCAUUAGGAUUAGUUUAAUUAAAAUUCCAUGGCAAUUACUAAACUUAUCUCACCCUAAUCUUAUCCCUAGCUAUCAGGUUGAUAUAUAUAUAUAUAGCUAUACAUCUCUAAACACAUAUACAGAGUUUGAUUUGAUUUCCUUCAUUCCUUGGGGAAAAAAAAAGAAAGAAAAGAAAGUAAGAUAGAAGAAGAGGAAAGUAGUUUGAUCUUCAUAAGCUUGUUAUGGGUGUUGGUGGUCAGUUUGGGCAGGAUAAUAGAGAUUACUCGGCGUAUCAGCUUCCAACGUCACAAGGUCCUUAUGUAGUGGCUCCACCACCGGCUGGGUAUCCUACAAAGGAUGACUACGGCUACUCUAAUGCUCAGAAUCCUCCUCCUCCGGUGGAAACCAAGUCUAGGGGCGAUGGCUUCUGGAAGGGAUGUUGUGCUGCCUUGUGUUGCUGCUGUGUCCUGGACGCGUGCUUCUGAUCAUCCAUAGAAUUCCAGAGACGAUAUAUUUUAUUUAUUUGUUGGGUUUUCGUAGGGAAUUUGUAUUCUUUCUAUGUAUGUGAAAGUCGACCAUGUGAUUGGCCUUCACUUCAUUUUCUUCUUGGGUUGUUGUUUAUUAAUAUUAUUAUUAUAUAGAUAAUCACAUUAAUUGGUUAA